AUGAAAGAUGACCCUCAAUUCAUGGUAACACUUGAUCCAAUUAAUCAGCGAUUAGAAGUAUCUCUGCAAAAUGAGAAAGGAUCGUUGAAUGCUCUUUCAUUCCCAGCAACUCAGAUUUUUGACAAAAAUUGGCAUAAACUUCAAUUUGGCGUGUUAAAGCACCAAAUCAUUUUAUAUAUAGAUUGUAACAGAAUUAAUAUUUUGGAUACGCAACCACGUGGGAGAAUUGACAUUGAUGGCCGCAUUUGCAUUUCCAAGUAUGCUGAAAGUGACCUCACUGUUCCCAUAGAUCUACAGUGGAUGGUUUUGUACUGUGAUCCCAGCAGACCGGAACGUGAAUCAUGCGAAGAAAUUCAAGUGAGUCAUACAUUCAAUUUCAUGUACAACAAGGACAUUCUACUCCGUAGUAGAAGUAGGGAAGUGUAUUUUUCGCCAGGUUUUCAAAAUACUUUUGGCAUACUUUUGGCACGUGGCGUGAAUUGAAGGCCAAGAAUGAUCUAACAUGAAGUUUAUUUGAGAGAUGUUACCACGAAACAUGUACUACCUAUGCUUCCGACGGAGCAUGGCACGCUAAAUAGCAGUCUCUGAAAUACUCAACAUUUUUUACUGAAU